AUUUAUUUAACUAUUUAUGAAAAUAUUUCUAUUUUAGGCAAUAGUUAUUGACUGAAGUGAAGGGCAAGUGAUUGACAGGUCAUAAGGUUUGGUGCAAUCAAUUGAAAGGCACUAUAAAUGCCAUCAAAUGGUUAUGUAAUAAAUAUAUAGUAAUAUUUCCUUCAAAAUUAAUGCCUAAUUAAUGGGGUUUUUAUAAUCAAUUAAUAUUAUCGUUAAGACUAAACUAAUCUCUACUUAACGUUAUUAUCAAACAUUUGACUUAAAUGUUGAGUCGACUCGAGUGUCGCAAAAGCCAUGAAAAGGACUGCAAUUAUCAUAUGAUUAAGUGAUAGAAAGAAACGAAGAUUAUCUCACGAUUGCCUUCACAUGCGGUGAUGUCCUGAAGUCCUCUCAACUCAUUGUCACUAUUUGUUAACAAUUAUAGUGAAAAUCAGUCCAUAUUUUUCUUAUCAAUUAUUUCGCAAAUCUUGUCAUUGACUGUGAAUUUGAAUCCAAGUCUUCCAUUAGUUGACUAAACAAUUAACCAAAACAUGACAUCACGUGAUAAUCGAGUGGCCAAAUGGUAUUUCGGAGGAGUGGCCUCCGCCGGCGCCGCCUGUUGUACUCAUCCCUUAGAUCUACUCAAAGUUCACUUACAAACCACAUCCCGGGCUAAACUCAAUGCCGGCACCCCUUCGCCACAGGUCGGGCUCGUGGCCAACACUCUGGUCAUUGUCAGGAGUGAAGGAGUUUUGGCGCUUUAUAACGGAUUGACAGCAUCUCUAUUGAGACAAUUGACAUAUUCCACCACAAGAUUCGGGAUCUACGAAGUGGUCAAACAAAAGCUCUCUCCAAAUGGAGAUCAAAUACCUCUCUCACAGCGGGUUAUUUUGGCCGGAGUUUCGGGCGCUGCCGGAGGUUUCAUUGGAACUCCGGCCGAUAUGGUUAACGUUCGGAUGCAAAAUGACAUUAAACUACCCGUCGCUAACCGGCGUAACUAUAAGCACGCCAUCGAUGGACUCAUUCGGGUUUAUAGAGAUGAAGGAAUCAGAUCUCUAUUCAACGGCACGACAAUGGCUACCACUAGGGCUGUGAUGAUGACAAUCGGACAGUUGUCGACAUACGAUCAGUUCAAGUAUAUGCUGAUGACUGAAGUUCCCGACGUGUUUAAGGACAAUAUGUUGACGCACUUCACUGCCAGCACAUUAGCCGGUGCUGUGGCCACGACUCUCACUCAACCGUUGGAUGUAUUGAAGACAAGACUAAUGAACGCAUCGGCCAAUGAGUACCAGAGUGUCAGUGAUUCCAUACGAUUGCUGUUCCGUCAGUCGGGUUUCGUGGGCUUCUUCAAGGGCUACGUCCCGGCGUUCAUACGUUUAGCGCCGCAAACAAUACUGACGUUUGUCUUCUUCGAACAGUUGAGGAUUCGCUUCGGAAUCAAAAUUCUCACUUCAGAUGAAUGAAGAGUUUUGGAUAACUUCUUCGCAUUCAUUGAUGGCUUCAAAUAUCUCUUCAAAAACUCCAAUAAAUAAUUGUUUGCUUAAAGUAUAGAUUUAUAGCUAUAAAGGAAAGGAAUCGUGUUUUGGAUUAAAAUCCGGUGAAUAUCUAAUAAAGUAACGAAUAAUUAGACAUUUUGUCCAUAAA